AUGUCGGUAUAUUAUAAAAAUGCAGGACGAAGACCCCAUUGUCCUGCUCGGAAAGACCAAGACCUGGCCAAAGAGUUCCUUGGAUUGAUCGAAGGCCAAAAAAGAAAAUUGAAUAAAGAAAAUGACGAUGAAAAUGAACAAGCUGAGACACCACCAAAUAAAUAUACACCGGAAGAGUUUCUCUUCAUUCAAAGCAUGUCCCACCCUAACAAGUCAAAAAAAUGGAAAAAGAUUUUUGAUGUAGGUCUCUUCGGCUCAUAUAGCUCCGCGAACUCUUUAAAAAUUUCUUACUAUCGUGCUGUAAAGCGUGUUAAAAAACAGAAAUAA